GGGAGAGAGAGACAUAGAGAAAGAGAGAAAGCCUGGGGAGGAGGGGCGGUGGAGAAAAAGCUUGCAACAGCAACCGAGAGUCAGAGAGAGCGAGCGCGCACGAGAGCGAGGGAGAGAGAGGCGACACGCACACACACACACAGAGACAGAGCUAGGCAGGAGCAUGCGCGCGCGAGAGGGUGUGUGUGUGUGUGCGAGCGGCAGAGGCACAUUGACGGGAGCCGAGGCAGUGCAGCAGGAGAGAGAGAGAGAGUCGCGCUGACGAAUGACAGCAGCACGAUAGUCCAAGAGGAAGAGCGCCUGGAACCAGAGAGAGGACGAGAAAAGACGCGAGUGAACCGCCAGUGAAUAUCUGAAGACCCGGAGCCCGGAGACCAGGAGAGAGAGAGAGACAUAGAGAGAGAGAGAGAGAGACAUAGAGAAAGAGAGAGACAUAGAGAGAGAGAGAGACAUAAAGAGAGAGAGAGCGAGAGAGCGAGAGAGAGCGAGAGAGAGCGAGAGCGAAAGCGAGAGAGAGAGAGAACAGGGGGUGGGAGGGAUGGAGAUAGAUCGGCCAGCCACAGCACUGCGCGGAGGAUCCAGGGGCAGGGAGGGAGAGUGAAGGACAAAGACGAGCGCUCAGAGGAGGAGAGGAAGUUAGGAGGAGAGGGAGAGCUGCUUGUUCGCCCGCUGGAGUGACUCAUCGGCCCCGCUGACAGACCGCUCCCUCCAUCUUUCCAACCUGCCUUCUUUCGUCCUUGUGAUACGGCAGGAACGGAGACCUUAUCUCCCCUUCGCCUCCCUCCUCCUCUCGGAAGCAGUGAACCUUUCCCACGUCUGUUUUAGGGAGCUCGAAGACAACGUUCUCGGUCCCAGACUGUCAGCCGAACUUCGAGGAAUAACAGGAGCGCUUUCACAUCCGAAACACGACAGGACUGUUCAUCUUCCUCGACCUAAGCCCACACAACACCGAUUUCCUCCCGGGCACAGCGCCACGACAACGCGGACGGCGAGGAGUGCGUCGACAGGAAGGAGCAGAGAACCAGGCGAGGUCACCUCCCUCGUUCUCCAUUCUCUCCUCCGGCAUCACGUCUGUUUAGAGCGCCGUCUGGAAGAGAAGAGGGUAGCUGUGUCAGAGGGUCUUUGAGGACAUCUGCUGCUCCACCUGACCACCUACUACAUCUGCUGUCCCGGAGUCCCAGAGGGGCCGGGGGUAACAAGGACACAGUCAUCCAUCAGGCCCUUAUCAGCCUUCAGUCUGUUCGCCUCAAGUGGAAGGACUGACUCUGGAAGUCAAGCGCCCCUUCACCCCCACCCUCCCUCCCUCCUUUGAGGGCUGGUUUCGGACCAGAGGAGCCAUUCCAAGAGCUUUCCGUUGCCCUCUGGAACGUUCUGGAACGCUUCCCAAAUAAAGACCCCCCUACUGCCUGCGUUAUCAGCUUGCCACCAAGGGGGCCAAGAUUUUGCUUUGCCACAUUGGACUAAGAACAGAGAGGGCUGUCUGCAGGUUGUUCUUAGACAAAAACACACACACACAGACACACACACAGACACACAAAGACUGUACCACAGCUUUGAAACAGGAAGUAAGUGUUCCUGUUCAGCGACCACGUGGAAACAAACUCCUUGACUGGUUUGCGUCAGCUUCCCCUGGUCAGAUCGAAAGAGGCAACGUGGGACUAGAUGACGCCAGUUUCCUAGAACAGCAGAAGAGCUCUGUACGAGGCGAACAACAAACAAAAAACGCCUCUGAACUCGAAACUUGCCAUUUCUAAACUCUGUAUGUGUCGGGGUCAACGUCUACUGUGAACACUUGAGAUUAUUUAUUGCUGUUAUCAUUGAGAACAUAUCCCUGUGUAUCCAUGCUGCUUGUUGCACAGUUGUGGUGUUGAAAGGCUAUUGUACAUAUCUCCUGAUCGUGUCUAUUACAGUGUGUUCCAUAAGCGACUGCCCCCAAACAGGGUCUCGUGUCCCUAAAAGCCACAAAAAACGAACUGUUGAGCUGACCGACCGUUAGCCUGUACAGCUGGACUGUUAUCCCGGCUCUCUAUCAGCGAGCUGUUAUCAGCACACUGGGUUCCUGUGUUCCAGGAAUACUGCACUAGGGUGUGGAGCUCCAACCAGCCUCGUCCGUCUGCCUGGCGGGCUCCGGGUUCCAGGGCCCUGUGAAAGCAAAAUGGACAGAGCCAUUCGUCCUCACGUCCCCUCGAAUGGCUGACCGCGAGACGCCCUCAUCCGUGCACAGCCCACCUUCGCCCUCGGUCCCAGACCCAGAUCCAGGCUUGGGCCCGGUCUGAGAGACUCCAGCCACCACCCCCCCCCUCCCCUUCCCCCCUUCCCCCCGCCCCCUCUCUCUCUCAGACAGACUCCCUCCAGCGAGCGAAUGUCCUGCCUCAGGCGCCAGACCGUCACCAUCCCCAUGGAUACCGUCAAGAUCAUCCAAUCGGAGAAGUUUCCCCGGGAGUGUCCUGUGCCCGUCACGCAGCCUCGCUACGUCCCUUCCCCCAGGGUGGCCUGGGAUGGAGGGGGCGAGGGCGAGAUCAUCGUCAACCAGGCGUGCAGUGACCUGGCCCUGAAGGUGACAGGGAGCACCAUGGCGGUCGCCCCCAGGCCCAUGAUGUCCCCCCAGGUGGCCCAUCGGGAGCAGAGCUUCCAGGCCCAGCGCAAGGCCGGCACCACCACCGACAUCUGCUACCACCAGUUCCACUACAAGAUGGAGGACGUGAUCGUCAACCAGUACGUACUGCGCUCCAACUCCACCUCGUCCUCCGCCUCGUCCUCGUCCUCGGGCUCCGCCAUGCCCUGCGAGCCCCUGGACUGUCCCACCUGCGGCCACGCCUACAACUUUGCCGGCAAGCGGCCGCGCAUCCUGUCCUGCCUGCACUCAGUGUGCGAGGAGUGCUUGCAGAUCCUCUACGAGUCCUGCCCCAAGUACAAGUUCAUCUCCUGCCCCACCUGUCGCCGGGAGACAGUACUGUUCACCGACUACGGCCUGGCGGCCCUGGCUAUCAACACCAGCAUCCUGAGCCGCCUGCCGUCUGACCCCAACGGCCCGGUGCAGUGGGGCGGGGAGGCCGACCGCAGCUGCUACCAGACGGUGCGCCAGUACUGCCAGUCGGCCUGCACCUGCCACAUCGCCAACCCCCUGUCCUCUUGUGGCAUCAUGUAGGUGUCGGAAGCCCUCCUGGCAAGGCUGAGCACUGUCCUACCUUCCCCCUCCCCCUCCUCAACACCCCUGCCCUCUCCCAGUCCCGUCCUCCCUCCCUUCCUUACCCCCCUUCCUCUCUCUCUCUUCUCUCUCAUGUACAUACAAACCGCACCCACCACAGAUGUAUCUAUAUAUUUAAUAGCACAGGUGGAAGCUGUCUGGGACUGAAAUGGAAUCGUGAAGUGACACUUGCUGAUGAAACAGAGAGAUAAAGCAAAUAAAUGUAUUUUAUGUAUGGACUGAUUCCUGGACUGAAUCCUGGACUGAAUCCUGGACUGAAUCCCUUUCACCCUCUGUUGUUGGGAUGUGUUUGUCUCUUUACAUGGGAAUGCCCAGGGAGGCUCCUCCCCCUCAACCUAGGCUCCUCCCUCUCAACCUAGGUGAAUAAAAACAAUAAACAAGUUGAACAAACAACAAAUCCAACCAGCUGUUGUUUGGUGUACUGGGUAUUCUGGAUAUUCCCUUCUCUGGGGCAGCACAUAUACAGGAAGUUGGCUGUCUUGGUGGGUGACGUGCUACUGUUAAGGGUUAGGUCAGUGUAGGAAGUGUCUCAGUGGUUACAGCAUUUUGCUGCAGAUCAAGUGUUCACAGGUUCAAUUCCCCCCCAAGAAGUUUGUGAUUGACUGAAUACAGCAUCAUUGUUAGGCAUAAGCAGGAUCAGAAUGAGGGACUGGAUGACUGUUAAGAAUACUAAAGAAAAGGACGAGAGCAGAUGAGGUGUGUCGUUUUCUGGCUUUAUUAUAUCUUCCAGUCAGAACUUUUGCAUUAGAGGUUGAUUGACUUAAGUAUACCAUGUACAAGAACGCCAGUACAGCUUAAAGUUACAUUUACAAAAGCAGCGAUAUAAAAAGAUAUAAAACAUUUUACACAUUUAUCGGAGAAUAAAUUAUUUGGAUACAAAUGGAGCAGACAAUAAAUAAACAAAUACUUCAGAUGUUAACAGGAGUGGAAUGGCAGGAUAGGCCGGAUGAAGGGCGGGUUUGUGUCGGUCAGCU